ACGCCCACGCAGCGGAAGUUAAUUUUUCGCUGCAUGCGAGAGAAAUUAACCACGGGCGCGUUAUACGUGAUGCAGCUACGUGCCAAUCUACGUCUUGUUCGCACUGUAAAAUGAAUAUACGGAUGUCAAAACAAUUUUGUGCCGGCGUGCUUCUUCGCCUUUUGUUCGGUGUACGAUUUGUUGCAUAAAUACAAAUGUGCGUUUCAUUAUCAUUCUUAUUCAUAUAUUGUUAGACGAAUGUUUUCAAUUCAUUUUACUUGAUAUCACAAUUAUGAGAAUUGUUUUAUUAAUAAAUCAGAAUUAGAGCAAUACGGUCAACACAAGGGGAUUAUAUAUGCGUAGGCGCAUACAUCGAAUUUCUGCAGAUACCUUCAUCUAUAAUAUGAAAUUGAAAGCACCUUUCCUUUUUUAAAGCCAACGAAUUUUUAAGAUUCGAUAAAUUGCAAUUCCUUUUUAUGCGAGACAUCGACGAUAUCGUAUCAGACAUUAAAGUCUGCCACAUUGAACGAAGCCGCUGGAUAAGCCUGUUUUACGGCUGAUAUUUUUUUCCCGUCUUUUCCCAUACUACCUUUAUCUUUUCCGUUAACUUAUGUCCUCUUCUUUCUUUGUAACAGGUGGUGACGAACAGACUCCGUGGGAACGGCGCAGAUACUCUGUGUGAAAUUCUCUGAGAGGUGAGCGAGAACUCAGCGAAGCAGUAAAGUGGCGACGUUCCUCUAAGCUUCAAGAGAAAUUCAGAAGACAACACGCGAUUUAUUUACAUGCGGCGAGUGCAACCGUUCCGCUCGUGGCACGUGAAAGACACAAGUAAAUUACUGGUUCGACUUCGGGCGUGCUAAUCGGCUUCCCAACGUGCGGAAAGUCCAAUUCUCUAUAGAGAUUGCUCGCGAGUGCCCGACGGUGCAUUAAAACGGCGGGGAGAUUCGCCGAGGACGAAGAGAGAUAAAAUAAGGAAAAAGCUUCACUAAAACAUUCAGCAAGCGCGAACCGGCGCCCACGGACGUACAUCGGACUUGCUUAUUACGGAAAUCCAGUUUGUUGGAAUGAGGCUUUGAAGUUUCUAUCGCUUGCCGACGAACCGUGCUCCACCUUCUUCCGCUGCCAUUCGUUUUUUGCACGCGGACGCGGAAGGAAAGAUGGGAGAGCGGAAAACUGAGCGGCUUCGGAUUCAGACGGCAGGACGAUCGUGCUAUGGAAAAAUGACGGAAGUGUCCGCACUACGUACGGUCGAGCAUCCCUUUGCUGUCAGAAGAUCCUGCCAGGAUAUCAUCCAGUCGAGCGAUUUCGACCGCGCGUCGUAAUAAGAAAUCGACAGUGACGAAAAUCAAAGUGACAUCUGGUCGAAUGACGCCGGUGAAUUUGAGUGCUGGUCGAAGAAACGCGAAGAAAUCCGUCCCCUAGAUUAUAGCUCGCGCGAAACUUCAGUCAUGCGGCUGUGGCGAUUGAAUCUACGAGAUCCGAGGACGCGCGUACGAAGAAAACUCUAUUAUAAAAUUUCGUUUCUGUCAAGAGUCUUGCUUUCUUAUCGCAAAGUAUGAUAAUUCGAGAUAACUGUACGCACAAGGAACGUACGAAGGAAUGAACGUAAACAAGUGGAGAACGAAUUAGUAACAGACAGACCGGAAAUCGAUAACAGAGUGCAAAACCUUUGACAUCGCCACGAAGCGCGAUAUAAUUAUCGAAAGUCGAUAAAUCGUUCGCCUUCGGCUGUUAACUUAAUUAUUCGCGACAAGUGGUGUGUGGCAAAUGCGCGCAUACGGCGAUAUAUCCGGCAACAAACGUGAAAUUGACGGCGAUAGGACUCGGUGAUUCUCGGUAGGUAGAAUAAAGAAGAGAGGAUGGAGAAGGACAACGUUAGACAUUACAGAGCUUACGAGGGUUUCAAGCCGGCGAACAACGGCAACACCUCGUCUCUGAAGAGAUCGACGUCGGAACGCUCGAAGACGCAUCCGUCUCGCCAAGUGAGAUGCUUGUGCUUCGGCGGUGUGCCUGACAAAGCCAGUCAGCAUUCCUUUUUGAAGGGAUUUAUCAUAAACCUCGGGAUAUGCGCCCUUCUCGUAGCCUACACCUUAUUGGGCAGCUUCAUCUUCCUGGCCAUCGAGAACGGGACCGUCGAUGGCGUUGGUCUGCAACAAAGGACCCUUGCCACGACGGUGGCUGGAAAUCAGCAGCACACCAGACGGAACACCAGCGCUUGGCUAAAACAGCUGAAUCACGAGGCCCGGACAAAGACCGUGGAGAGCAUAUGGAUGAUUACCGAGCACUUGAAUGUUCUCUACCGUGAGAACUGGACGAAAUUGGCCGACCAGGAGAUUGCGCGAUUUCAGGACCAACUAGUGAAAAGGAUCACGGAGGACAUGAUGGCGACCCAAAAUGCAGGAACAUACACCGGGAGUUCCACCAGCGAAACUGUAACGGAACGCCAUGUGCCGGAGUACGAAUGGAACUUCGCGAAGGCAUUCCUCUAUUCUCUGACAGUGCUCACCACAAUUGGAUGUGGAAGUAUCGCACCGAAAUCUCCUUGGGGCAAAGUCGCUACGAUGGGUUAUGCCAGUCUCGGGAUACCUUUGACUUUGGUCUAUCUGUCUAGCGCAGGAGGUCUCCUAUCAAGGUGUGCCAGAGGCGUCUUCACGCGAGCUCUUUGUUGCUGUCUUUGCUCGAAUUGCGGUUACUGUUGCUAUGACGAGAGACGAAUGCAGGAGAAAGAGCGGCGGAUGAGAAAGAAGCGGCAGCAAGAGGAAUUGGCGCAACAGCAACAGCAACAGUUGCAGCUGCAGGAGCCCUUUUAUGUUCGCGCGAAUGCAUCGACAUUUACCAGCACAGUGGAAAUUAAGGCCAGCCCGAAGGACGAAGUUUCAAGUCUCGGCUCGGGCGACAGGCCAAAUGUUACUAUACUCGCACCAAUCAGUAUUUGCCUCGGUGCGAUGCUGUGCUACAUCAUUGCCGGAGCAUUCACCCUGCACAAGUUGGACGGUUGGUCAUUCAUAGAUGCGAGCUAUUUCUGCUUCAUGAGUCUGAGCACUAUUGGCUUCGGCGACAUGGUGCCCGGGUCUUAUCCUCGCCACUCCCUCGCCAACUCGAGAAACGUGACGAUCUGGUUUUGCUCCUGCUACAUAAUGUCAGGAAUGGCCCUGACGGCGAUGUGCUUCAACAUCCUUCACGACGAAAUCGUCCAUCGGCUGAGUCACCAAACGGACAAGCCGGAACCGGUGAAGCCGAGCUCGUCCGUAGACGAGCUAUCGACGGACCCGUUUGCGCUGACCUCGUGACAAUUUCCGUCGGGCAAUCUGUGCCACAGGAACGGCACCGAUGAGAACAAUAUAUGUGGCACGGAACCACCCACCAAUAUAUUCGCGCACGAGAACGAGAUCAACAUCCUGAAGGACACUUUUAAUCAGGUGGACGUUACCAGAGACUGCAAGCCGAUCCUGAAACUCGAAGAUCACGUUCCACCAAUCUCUGCUGUCUAUAUGUUGCCCAAGGUCGACGAGGAGACCGAGGAAAAUACGGAAAUGUGAAACUUGGACGCGGAUUUCCGGAGAUUGACAGUCCGACGGCCAGGUUCAAUCAACUGGAGAUUACCCAGCAGCGUUUUUACGAAUCGUAACCCAAAUGGAUAGGUAUAUAUAAUACGUUGUAUAUGCUAAAGUGUGUUGUCAGAUGUUGCACAAGUGUGUUGCGACGAUGAAGACAUUUUUUUUGAAUCUAUCAUUAAUUUUGAAUUUAUGAUUAAGACUCCGUAGUUAACGACUUUAAUAAAGUCGAGAAAGUAACGAUGCCCAAAGUUUUGUUUUUGAAUUUUCAUUGGACAUAUAAGAA